CCCUGCUCUCCCCUCCCUUCCCCCGGUGCUCCCGCUGCCGAGCUCCGUGUCCCAGGGCAGCCCCGCGGCAUGGCGCCGCGGCGGCGGGGGCGCGCGCCGCGCGGGGGCCGUUGGCCGUAGGGGCGGUGGGCUGCCCGGCUGACCAGUGGAUGAGAAAGCACUGCCUUCCCGCUGUGCUACGGCAACCCAGGCUCCCUGAUUUCGCAGAAGCGGAUGUCUGGCCAUCCUGUAGGCAUGGCUCACUUGAGGGAAUUUGCCAGCCAGCACUCUAGGGUGGACCCUGAGGAGCUGUUCACUAAGCUGGAGCGGAUCGGCAAAGGAUCGUUUGGUGAAGUGUAUAAAGGGAUAGACAACCGCACCAAGGAGGUGGUUGCCAUCAAGAUCAUUGAUCUGGAGGAGGCUGAGGAUGAAAUUGAGGACAUUCAGCAGGAAAUUACAGUGCUCAGCCAGUGUGAUAGUCCCUACAUCACCCGAUACUAUGGCUCGUACCUGAAGGGCACUAAACUGUGGAUAAUCAUGGAGUACCUGGGAGGGGGCUCAGCCCUGGAUUUGCUAAAGCCUGGACCUCUGGAAGAGACUUACAUAGCUACUAUCCUGAGGGAAAUUCUAAAGGGCUUGGACUAUCUACACUCUGAGAGGAAGAUCCACAGGGACAUCAAAGCUGCCAACGUACUGCUUUCGGAGCAAGGAGAUGUGAAACUGGCUGACUUUGGAGUGGCUGGACAGUUGACAGACACCCAGAUCAAGAGAAACACCUUUGUUGGGACUCCAUUCUGGAUGGCACCAGAGGUCAUCAAACAGUCUGCUUAUGACUUCAAGGCAGAUAUCUGGUCCCUUGGAAUUACAGCCAUUGAACUAGCAAAGGGAGAGCCCCCAAAUUCUGACUUGCAUCCUAUGAGGGUUCUCUUCCUGAUUCCCAAAAAUAACCCUCCAACACUUGAGGGACACCACAGCAAGCCCUUCAAGGAGUUUGUGGAAGCCUGCCUCAAUAAGGAUCCUAGAUUUAGGCCAACAGCUAAAGAGUUGCUAAAGCACAAGUUCAUCACACGCUACACCAAGAAAACCUCAUUCCUAAUGGAGCUGAUUGACCGAUUCAAGCGCUGGAAGUCAGAGGGCCAUGGAGAGGAUUCCAGUUCUGGUGAUUCUGACAUUGAUGGAGAGACAGAAGAUGGAGACCAAGGUCCAAUUUGGACGUUCCCACCAACUAUUCGCCCCAACUCCUUGGGCAAACUGCAUAAAGGAAUGGCUCUUCAUGGUUCCCAGAAGCCCACUGAGCCCAUCAAGAGGCAACCACGGUCGCAGUGUCUCUCUACCCUUGUUCACCCGGUCUUUGGGGAGCUUAAAGACAAGCACAAGCAGACUGGAGGCAACGUGGGAGCUAUGGAGGAGCUGGAAAAUGCCUUCAGCUUGGCUGAGGAGUCCUGCCCAGGCAUCUCUGACAAACUGAUAGCACACAUGGUGGAGCGGGUACAAAGGUUUUCACACAGUCGGAACCACCUGACUUCUGCCCGCUGACAUGUACAUUCCCUGCUGCUGUUUUGAGGGGGGAGAAGGAUUUUUUUCCGGCUUCAUAAGAACUACAUUAGAACCCAGACCACCAUCUGCUGUUGGAUGUAACAUUGUGUUACGGACUCCAGGACAUUUCAGAGCCUUCAUAUACACGUGUUUCCAUGAUAACCCAGGGUGGGGUUUGCAAUGCAAGUACAAUUUAGACCUUUUGCAGAGCCCAAGAUGGGCGGUCUAAUUGUUUUUACAAUGUACUCAAUGCAGUUUUUAAUUGUUUCCCUAAGGAUGUAUCCAUUUUGGCUUGGUUUGAUUCACAGCUUAUUAUAGGUAAAUGCCUGGCUGCUGGAGAAGAGGGAGAGUCUCUUCCACUCAGAUAUGUUACAAAGGCAAGUCUGAUGGGUUUAGCCUUCUGCCAUUUCCAAAGAAGUGUUUCUGAGCAGUAACGUGCAAGUGGGGUAGGGCUGCAAGCUCUCCGUGCACUACAGCCUCUGGGAGAGUUGGAGCAGCGCUCUAAUUGUUUGAGAGGAUUGUUUCAACUCCUUCACACACUAGUAAAGAAAAGCUUUCAACUACAGCAGCAGUUAAGCUAAAACGUGUAGCUUGCUGCUGGUCUCUCCUAGCUUGUCAUUUCACAGGAGGAUGGGUUUGCUGACUACACUUCCUUUUUUUGGCUCUGGGACAUCAUUUUGUAUCAGGCCAUGGUUCAUCUAAUUCAGGCUACAGCAAAGCUUGCCUUGGGUCAGUGUAGACAGGCAAGGCCAAGUGGUUGUGUUCUGGUCUGAAAGGGCUGGGGAGCAGAUAAGGGUCCUUUCCUGGUUGCUUUCUGCAGCUCGAGUGGCCAGAUAUGUGGCUUUUGGCAGCCCUAGUCUCUAAACUGAGUAGCCAUCCCACUGUGUUUGCCCCAGUGCUACAGAAGGAUUAAAAAAAAAAAAAAAAAAAAAAGACAGGGGUAGGGAAUAAGAUAACCAAAGGCACUGAUGGGGCUUCAUCUUCAGAAGGCAAGUCUACAUUUCAUAGAGGUUUUCUGAAGCAUACAAAAUAGAUGGCAAACAGCAGUGGUGGUGCGCUUUGGGUAGCAAAACCACACUGGGCUCUCAUCCCCUUCAUCUUGGCUUUCCCAUACUGACUCUUUCAGUUUGGGAGCGGAACUCAGUGAAGCCAGGGCUUUGCUCCAGUUGACAAGGUGUGUUGUAGCUUGCUAGCAGAGAGAUUAAAGCAUCUACUGAUGUAUUGCCUGCUUAAGGCAUUCCAGUGGAGCCGUCCCAGCUAGCUUUGCUUUCUGUAGAGUACUAGUUUCUCGAGCAAGUCUUUAAUUCAGGUUAAUGUACAGAUCUUAAAUCUAUACUUUAAAGGUCUAGAAAACCAGAUGUAGGAUCGUAACUUCUGACAGUGAGUUGCUUAGAGAACUCUCUAACCGUAAAGAUACCACCAUUAAGUCAGCAAGACUUUUUUAGACACCCGGAAGCUCCUGUCUGGGUGUUUGUGAAUGAUGUGGCUCACCCGAAAGCCGCUGAGAACACAAGCGAUAGCUGUUCAGCAUUUUCUUUCUUUUCUUUUAAUAGGCCACUCUUAGUGAACAAGGUUUGACCUUUUUUCUUUUUUUCUUGGGGUACUUUGAUUCGGGCCCGCAGGUUGCAAGCGUAGGGCUCAGAGGCAGCACGUGUUUCCGCCCACCCCGGUGUACUACGUUCACUUUAGCUUACGUCCACCUUUCGCCCUGCCUCCGUGACGGGCGAGUACGGGCUGGCGCAGAGCCGCCGGGCUGGCGGAGAGCAGGGGCUGCCGUGCCGGCUCGAGCUGGCCGGUGGCGUUUCCGGGGGUAGCGCGCGAGCCGGCAGAGCCUGUAUUUGUGAAAAAACAGCACAACCCUCCCUUUUUCUUUUCCCCCCCAAGCCUCCCCGCUCAGGAGAAGGAGUUAGUUAGCAUGUAGGUAGGACACUUUUACUUACCGAGGCGGAAGGCAGAGGCUGCGGUCUAGCAGGAAGGCGGCCGAAAGGUUCCUGCUGCUUUUUAAAAAGUUGUUGUUCAUGACGGUAGCAAAUUGUGUCAAUAAGGUACCUUGUAUUCUCCUUCACAUGCACUGCAGCGUGACGAGUAACGUUCUUAAAGGAAACGAUCCCCACAGCCUUCCUUCAGUACGCAAAGCAACAACGGUUUUAGGUUUUAAAAACAUUGAAAGGGAACUGCCACUUUCAAUAAAGUAACAAAUCCAAGGA